AGCUAGACAUCUUAGAGAGAGAGAGAGAGAGAACCCAAAUAAAGAAAAGGCUAAAAAGUUGACAGAGAUGCGUAGAUAGAGAGCAAAAGGGUGAGCUUCUUGACCUCUCAUGGUCCGUCCUCCUUCAAUACAGCAAUUCGAGGCUGUUUGGUUCCUUCCCUUCUGAAAUCUACAUACCUAUACGUACAAGCAGAGUGUUCCUCUUUGCUUUAGAGAGAGGGACAGACUGAUUCAGCUAUGGAUCCGUGACUCGCUGUAACCCAUCUUCGUCUACUUCAAUUCCUAUGCUCUCCUUUUUGGUCAUAAGUUAGAUAUCGAAGUUGUGGAUGUUGUUUUGAAGCUGAGCUUUUUCAGUCGGGUCCAUCUUCCGUAAAUGGACACGCCGCCUCCCACGCCGCCGCCAGCUGAGGAGCUUCUGAAGAAGAUCCAGGACCUCGAAGCCAGCCACGCCCACCUCAAACAGGAGAUGUCCAAGCUCAUGAUUUCGCCCGAUCACAAGUCCGACCAAAGUGGGGGCAGCGGCGGAGGCGGCUGCGGUAACAACCACCAGAGGUCCCACUCCGUGUCGCCGCAGCGGCGACCCGCCCCGCCCCGCCCCAAACCCGGCGUCGACGGCGCCGCAGCGAUUUUGAAGAAGGGUUCGGUGUCGUUUCGGCAUUCGUCGCCAUUGCAGAGGGAGAGCCGGAGCCGUGAUCCGGCCGGUGACGGCGGUUGUUUACCGGGGUUUGUGAAGUUUACCGAUGAGCAAUAUUUGAAUAUAUUGCAGUCUAUGGGUCAGUCAGUUCAUAUAUUUGAUCUCAACCGUCGAAUAAUUUACUGGAACAAAACUGCAGAGCAUCUUUAUGGUUAUUCUGCAGCAGAAGCUCUUGGCCAGGAUCCCAUCGAACUCCUAAGUGAUCCCCGAGAUUACCCCGUAGCUAAUAAUAUAGUGCAACGCGUGACAAUGGGGGAAAACUGGACUGGACAAUUUCCUGUUAAGAAUAAGAGGGGGGAUAGGUUCUUAGUUGUCGCUACCAACACUCCGUUUUAUGAUGACGAUGAGACGUUGGUAGGGGUUAUCUGUGUUUCAAACGAUUCACUCCACUUUGAUGACACGAGAACUUCAAUAUUCGGUGGUAAGCACUGGGCGCCAGAUUUGAGCUUUGGCAGGCCUAGAAGCAUUGCAUCUGCCAAACUUGGCCUUGAUCCGGAGCAGCCUCUCCAAGUUGCCAUUGCAUCCAAAAUAUCAAAUUUGGCUUCCAAGGUGAGCAACAAGGUUAAGUCAAAAAUACGGACUGGAGAAAACAGCAUCGACCGUGAAGGUGGGAGUGGAGAUAGUCAUCAUUCCGACUAUGGCUUCUCAGAUGCAAACUUUUCUGAUCAUAGGGAGGACGCAACUUCAAGUGGAGCUAGCACUCCCAGAGGAGAUAUACCUCCAUCUCCGUUUGGAGUAUUUUCUCAAGUUCCACAUGAUGAGCACACCCCAAGAAAACCUUUAGGGGAUUCUGGUGAUGAAAAUGAAGGAAAACCCAAACUCCACAAAAUCAUUACCUCAAAAGCAGAGGCAUGGAUGGGUAAAAAAGGAAUUUCAUGGCCAUGGAAAGGGAACGAGCGUGAAGUUUCAGAGGCAAAAACCACUCGUUUCGGUUGGCCCUGGUUGCACAACGAUCAUGACAAUGACUCAGGUUAUCUGAAGAGUUCUGUUUCUGGAGUGAAACCAGAAAGUCAAGUGGGUGAUGGCAAUCGACACACAAUUAAUGAGGCCUCGGGUUCCUGGUCAUCCUCAUUUAAUGUCAACAGCACAAGUAGUGCAAGUAGUUGUGGAAGUACCAGCAGUAGCGCUGUUAACAAAGUGGAUACGGACAGUGACUGUUUAGACUAUGAAAUCUUGUGGGAGGAUUUGACAAUUGCAGAGCAAAUUGGGCAAGGCUCCUGUGGGACUGUAUAUCAUGCUUUGUGGUUUGGAUCGGAUGUUGCUGUCAAGGUUUUCUCCAAGCAAGAAUACUCGGAUGAUGUGAUACUUUCCUUCAGACAAGAGGUGUCCCUCAUGAAGAGACUUAGACAUCCAAAUGUUUUACUCUUUAUGGGUGCAGUAACUUCGCCUGAGCGUCUCUGUAUUGUUACGGAGUUCCUUCCACGUGGGAGCUUGUUUCGGUUACUGCAAAGAAAUAUGGCCAGAUUAGAUUGGAGACGACGUAUUCACAUGGCUUUGGAUAUAGCACGAGGCAUGAAUUAUCUUCAUCAUUUCAAUCCACCCAUUAUUCAUCGCGAUUUGAAAUCUUCAAAUCUUCUGGUUGAUAAGAAUUGGACUGUGAAGGUUGGUGAUUUUGGACUAUCGCGCCUCAAACAUGAAACAUAUCUUACUACAAAAACAGGGAAAGGAACGCCUCAAUGGAUGGCACCAGAGGUUCUUCGUAAUGAACCCUCAGAUGAAAAGUCUGACGUAUACAGCUUUGGGGUGAUACUAUGGGAGCUGGCUACUGAGAAGAUCCCAUGGGAUAAUCUCAACUCCAUGCAGAAAUCUUCAGGUGAUUGGAGCUGUAGGGUUCAUGAACCAACGAUUAGAUAUCCCCAAAGAUGUGGACCCACAAUGGGCGUCUAUAAUUGAGAGCUGCUGCUACAGUGAGCCACAGUGCCGGCCAACAUUCCAAGAAUUGCUGGAAAGGCUGAAGGAUCUGCAGAAACAAUGUGCCAUUCAGUCCCAGGCUGCCCGUACUGCUGCAGGAGAUAGCCAAAAGGAAUCAUAGGAUGCUUUGGCAGCUAAGAGCUCAGGUGUGAAAAUCAUCCGUCAACAAGAUUUGGAUUACUGCAGUUGGGUCGAUAAUUGCCACAGGUCACAGCUGGUCAUCGAUUGCUUGGGGUGUCGGAGCAACUAAUUCAAGGCCACGCCCCUGCUGAUGCCAGGCACACAAGGAAAUUAGUCGAGAGAUGGAUAAAGAGGUUUUGGUUGGUCUGUUGAUGAUUCUUUUUUUCUUUUUCUUUCUUUUUGGCGUGCCAUAAAACCCUGUCGCCGGUUUUCUCUGGUAAUUCACACCACUCAGGAUUCUUUUUCUUUCAACUGUCAGUGUUAUUAAUUGAUUCAUGUGCCCAUAUAAUACCAAUACGAUUUUGUAAUGUGUUCCUUGUUAAGAAAAAUGUUAGGACCGUGCGUGGAAGAACAUUGUAAAUAAGACAGCACAAAGUUUGCUCUUUUUUAAGUCUCAUUCUAGUACCAUCCUUUCUGUUGUAAAAUUUUAUAACCAUCUCAUCGAAAAGGCCUUUGUCUU